UGCCCUUGAUGUUCGCUAAUAAUUCAGUUGUUUUGCUUGUGACCUUGUAUUGACCUUGAGUUUCUAGGAUUGCCCACUCUGAGUAUGUUCCUUUCUGCAGGGAAAGAGAGACUCCUCCCCGUUUUGCUCAGCCUGGCAGUUUUGAAUUUGAAUAUUCCCAGAGAUGGAAAUCUUUAGAUGAAAUGGAAAAGCAGCAGAGAGAGCAAGUGGCAAAAAAUAUGAAAGAUGCCAAGGACAAACUUGAAAGUGAGAUGGAAGAUGCUUAUCAUGAGCAUCAGGCAAACCUCCUGCGCCAAGACCUCAUGAGGCGCCAGGAGGAGCUGAGGCGUAUGGAAGAACUCCAUAAUCAGGAAAUGCAGAAACGCAAGGAAAUUCAGCUGAGGUUAGUUUGGCUUGCAUGGGAUGUUAUUCAAAGUUACAUGUAUACAUUUUUUCCCCAAUUACUUGCAUAUGAAAGUUUUUAUUUUUCAAGAAACACCAUUGCUGCUUCGGUUUGUGUUUGCGAAAUUGAACUACUGUGUAAGUUUCUCCUCUAA